GAGAGAGAGAGAGAGAGAGAGAGAGAGAGAGAGAGAGAGAGAGAUGGAGGUGGAUUGAGGAUGGAAGGAGGAACUGAGGAAAUGUAUAUGAAGAAUGUGAAUAGGAGGGACUUUGAACCAGAUUUGGAAGUGACGGAUCUGAGAUUUGAUUUUUGAUGUUUUCAUUUUGUGGAGGGAUUUUGAGAAUUGUUCUAAAAUCCUGAAACUUGUAAAGAGGGCUCUGUGUUGUGGAGGGAACUAAGAAGAUUCUCUGUUUUCUGUUUUGGUUCGAAAUUUAAAAUAUUUUGGUAUAGAAAUGUUUGACUUGGAGACCAGACGCUGGU